UAUUGAACUUUUGUUUUUUGAGGCAAACAUCCUCUGACCAAUGUUUUUGGUGUCAGCUGCGCGCAGAGAGCGUGCGUGAUCAUGGGGAUUAUAGGUGGAACAUGUAGACACUCACACAGAGACUAAAUCAAUUAUUUUCUCGGACGGUCAGCGCGGCAUUCCGCUUGACUGACAGCGAUGGCCUUGGAGGCAGACAUCGACAGAGGUUCAUCAAGAAGUGCUCAUGAAAAAUAUCCCCGGGCAGCGUUGGAGCGCAACGGCUACGUGAAGACAUGUGUCACCCCGUUGUACCAGGACGCAGGGAGCCAGUCGUGGCUGAGACUCGCCGUGACAUGGACUUGCCGAGGAGUGUCGUCUGCGGUCUGCGUUGCCUCCGUCUCCGUUAUUCUCGCUCUGCUGCUCAGAUUGGUCGACUGGGAUGCAGGCAGCAGCAGCAGCGGCAGCAGCAGCAACGGAAAUAGCAGCGGCUCCGACUCUCGUCUUCAUUUCGCGGCGGACUGCGCUGUGGACCUGUUUUGUACUGCGUGUUACUGCGUCUCCCCCGUUUUUACACUCGUAUGUGCCUUCUUCUGGGUCGGGCUGUAUCUGAUUCGCUGCGGGUUGCUCGUCCGCACCGCGGUUUUUUUGUUAGCGGUGUGCCACUUGGGCGAAGCCGCGGCGCAGUCCGUCCUGCGCGGCGCCGAGGAGCAGCUGCUGUCCCUCCCCGCCACCCUGAUAGUCCUCGGCUGCCUGGGCAGCGGGGCUCUGCUGGUCGUCCGGUUGAGUCAGGGAGUGUCCAUCCUCGUCUUCAUUAGCGUCAUCAGGGCCGUCUCCCUCGUCUCUCUGAGCAGAGUCCGGGCCAGCUGGAGACCCUACCUGGCCUACCUGCUGGGGCUGCUGGGGGUUUUGCUUGCGAGGUAUGCUGACCGGCUCCUGCCGGCCCCAGGGACCAGCGGGACGGGGUGCUGUGGCUCUGUGACCGGGGCGAAGGAGGAGGACAUCCCUGUCUUCAAAAGGAGACGGAGGUCCAGCUCCAUAGCGGCCUCGGAAAUGAUGGCUCACAGUCAGAGCAACAGCAAGUCCCACCGCAGGACUUCGCUGCCCUGCAUUCCGCGGGACCAGUCUUCGGGCACCAGCGUGGUAGUGGACAUCGCGGUGAUGGGUGAGGCCCACGGUCUGAUCUCAGACCUGCUGGCUGACCCUUCGCUGCCCCCGAACACCUGCAGUUCUCUGAAGGCCGUCAGCAACCUCCUCAGCACCCAGAUCAGCAUCCAGCCGCUCCACCGGCCUCGCGUCCCUGCAGACACACACACCUGCUCUGACUCUGAAGAGGGGCCUGAAAAAACAGAGAGACUGGCCAUUCCGAAGCGGCUAAGACGGAGUCUGCCCCCAGGAUUGCUAAGGAGAAUCUCGUCAACUUGGACCACGACCACCUCAGCUACAGGGUUGCCUACCAUCGAGCCUGGCCCUGUACGCCGAGACCGCUCAGCCAGCAUCAAACACACCCCAGACAGUGAAACAUGGAACAACUCGGUGAUGAUGACCAUCUCAAAGAGUCGUUCCAUGUCUGCCUCCUGUGCUGCCUCCAACCACCUCUACAGCAAACCACUGGGAAGACCAGGUUUCCCCUCUUCCAACGUGUCACCUCUGGGCUCUCCGUGCCCAUCUCCUCCCGUCCAGGGCACUCCUGUCUCCAGCCCCACAACAAAGACAUGUUCAGUGCAGCUUCCUGAGCCGGCUGGGCCCCUGACAGAGCGGACCCCUGGCUCUGUGGCCCCCAAGAGCCACCACAGAGCCUUAACUCACAGCCAGAGCGCCCCGAGCUCCACCACCCCUCACUGGCGGCCACCGUCUCUCUGUGGCAGCUGUGGCAGGCCGUUUAACAAUCGACUAAACCACGGGGCAGAAUCUGUCGACAAAGGAGACAGAAUACCCCAUCCAGAUGAGCGUGCUGUAGCUUCUUCAGACUAUGACAGCACCUACGACAGUACCUACGAGACCAACCACAGUGACAGCAGCGACUUUGCACAGAAUGAAGAGGAGGGAGAAGGAGGCAAAAAGCCGCCUGAAGCGAGGGAACGUUGCAGAGAGUAUCUUCCAGAGGGCAUCGUUCUUCACCCGCUCCUGCCAUCACCAGAGGACAAGCCAAUCUUGGCCCCAGAGCCUCUGGUGAUGGCAGGGCUGGACCCUCUGAUGAGUCAACUCAACAACUGGAACUUUCCAAUUUUCAGUCUAGUGGAGAUGACCCAUAGCAAGACAGGCUGCAUCCUGAGUCAGGUUUCCUAUAGGCUUUUUGAGGACACAGGCCUAUUUGAGACCUUCAAAAUUCCCGUACAAGAAUUCAUGAACUACUUUCACGCUCUGGAGAAUGGAUACAGGGUCAUCCCUUAUCACAACCGGAUCCAUGCCACUGAUGUGCUGCAUGCUGUUUGGUACCUCACCACUCAGCCUGUGCCAGGCCUGCCCACUUUGCUGACUGAGAAUGGGAUACACACUGACUCAGAGAAUGGCAUUACGGCUGGUGCCACAGGCUUCCUGGUAUCCAAGAUGAACUCGGUGCUGGAGGACGGCUAUGGCUCCCUGGCUGGCCUUAUCCCUGGCCUAGAGCUCAUGGCUCUGUAUGUAGCUGCUGCCAUGCACGACUAUGACCAUCCUGGAAGAACUAACGCCUUUCUAGUAGCUACCAGUGCACCACAGGCUCUUCUAUACAAUGAUCGUUCAGUCUUGGAAAAUCACCACGCAGCUUCGGCGUGGAACCUCUUCAUGUCUCGACCUGAGUAUAACUUCCUGGUUAACCUUGAACAUGUGGAGUUCAAGCGCUUCCGCUUCCUAGUCAUUGAAGCCAUCCUGGCCACCGACCUCAAAAAGCACUUUGACUUCUUAGCAGAGUUCAAUGCAAAGGUGGGUGAUGAAGGAGUGUCCGGUAUUGAUUGGACCAACGAAAACGACCGAUUGCUGGUGUGCCAGAUGUGCAUAAAACUGGCUGAUGUCAAUGGACCGCUGAAGUGUAAGGAGCUGCACCUGCAGUGGACAGAGGGGAUUGUCAACGAGUUCUACGAACAAGGUGACGAAGAAGCAGGCCUGGGCCUUCCCAUCAGCCCAUUCAUGGACCGGUCUGCUCCGCAGCUCGCUAAACUACAGGAGUCAUUUAUCACUCACAUAGUGGGACCUCUGUGCUCCUCCUAUGACUCUGCUGCGCUUAUGCCGGGACACUGGGUUGACCCACCUGAGGGAGAGAUGGAGCCAGAGGAGGCGAAGGAAGAACAGGAUACCGAAGAGGAAGAUGAGGAUAUGGCAGAUGAGGACGCAUCAACAGGUUCUGACACCUCCCAGCGGCAAAAAAACAAAAAGGUGAGCAGGAGGAAAGUGUUUUGCCAGAUCACACAGCAUCUUCUAGAAAACCAUGAAAUGUGGAAGAGAGUCAUUGCUGCAGAAGCCCAGGAGGAGGACCAGAAAGAGGACCCGAACUACAUCAGCAGCCCCACCGAUCCUAUCACAGCCAUUCAUGAGGAAGAGGAGGAGCAAGCAAGCAAAGAGGAGGAGUCGACUGACGGCCUCGAUGAAAGGGAAGAGGUGCCGGCUAUAGAGGAAGAGGAAAUCCUUCCGCAAUCAGAGACUUCAGGGGAAAAAGAAGAGGAACAAGAGUGAUAUUAUGACCUCUUCUUAAACCAGGCAUCUGAACGUUGUCUAAAAUUUUUGUUUCUUUCCUAACUAAACUCUUAAUAUGGUAGCCAGCACAUCACUUCGACACAACACUGUAGAAGAUGUUUUGGGUAAUAUGUGCCUAACAAAAACUGGGUUUUGAGGACAGGGAUGAUGCAUGCCCAGUUCAUCUGACAAGGGGGAGAGAGGUGAGAUGAGCAAAAGAUGAAGUGACUGAGGAGUAGAAGAAGAAAAUGAAAAAAGAGAAUGAUUGGGACUGUAUUUUUUUUUGUUGUAGUGUUUGUUUUAGUCUGGAUCUGGUGCCCUGCCCUCACCCAGGCUGCCCAUCCUGCACUAUGGGCCAACCACGCUGAUUCACAGGUUCACUCCACCAGUGAGUAAUACACUGUCACGAGCCCCCCCUCACUUCACCCUUCUUGUUGCUCCCAUGCAAUCAGCACACUGUGGAGCCACCCAGCUGGUUGAGGAUGUGCAACAAGCCCCUUCUCCUUGAAGACAAUGAGAUGAAAGCCAGGGAAAAAGCUGUGUCCACUGAGGCUCAGCCAUGGAUUUGUGGAGGGAGAUGGAAAAAGGGCCAGUUGUAGCACAUUGUGUAUACAGACAUACACCCACACAAGCUUCACACACACACACACACACACACACACACACACACACACACACACACACACACACACACACACACACACACACACACACACACACACACACACACACACACACACACACACACACACAGUAUACCACAGUGCACUGAAAUACAGUAGAAACGCAUUCCACACUCAGAACAGAUAGGAAGUUUAACAAAGAACCCUGUUGCUCUAAAAGCUUUAUUCUUGCUCAAGGAAAAACAUACAAAACAAGGUUUUGUUCAUGUUAAACAAUGUUUGUCCUUAGUCACAUAUUUUCUCCUGGACUCUUGUUACCCAAAAUCAUUCCGGCACACCUACACAUUUCCAGGCCACAAAACUCAGGAAGGCAGAAACCCAUAGAAAAAAACAAACAAAAAGGGACUUGCGGUGUCCUUGUCCCAUUUCUGUGCUGUGUGAGAUGCUAUUGAUUUAAUGAUAACCACAGAGACAUGUGGCUCGCUUUGUGAAUCACAAAGGAACCACAAGGGAAAAAAUAUCAUUAAUCCCAUCAUACUAUAUCUCACAACUGUAUUUAAUUUCCUCUGCUCUCCCUUUGGUCCCUAUGUGCUCUCAAACAGAAGAUCGAAAUGUUAAUCAUUUAAAACUAACUCACAAGACACAAAACUAGGUAAUAAGGUAAUGUGUUUUGCUAAGGAAAUAUAAUUUACGUCCACAUUUUAUGUCACUUCCCAACUUGUUUGGUUAAUCUUUAUAGUAAUGUACUCGCUAAUGACAAGAAUCCUUUCUUCUUUGCAAUAUAAUUUAUAGUCUGGUAUGUAGGCCACAUGUUUCGGAAAGUAAAGUAAUCCAGUAAGCCAUAGUGGACCGAGCCAGGGCUGACUCACAGCUCCAAAUCACCCACGAGGAUUUACGUCAAUGAGACAUUUAAAACAAACAAACAAACAAGAAAACUACCCUGUGGAGCCUGUUCCCAACCAGGGGGUGCUGUGUACCUACGAGUCUCAUCAUUCAAUAUUUAAUUAUUUUAGUUGCACAAAAAGGCAAAAAAUGUAAUGUGGAAAAAAUGAUAUUAACCAUUUCUGAGCUGUGGAACCCAGCUUACUUAGAAAAAAAAGAAUAGAAGAAGACUCACAGCUGCAUAAAUGUAUAGUGAUAAUUAUCAUAUGGUGUUAACUAUUAAUGUCUCAAGUAAAGUCAAAUUUAGGAUUAAUGGAAUGAAAGCCUCAUAGUGCCAUAGGCUAUUUUUACCUACACUGACAAAAUAUUUCAGUCCUCAAUGAGAGCGAAUCAAAAAAGCAGAAUGAGUGACGUAAGAAUUUUACACAGACGUGGAGGAAAAUGUGCUUUGACUAAACCUGUCAUGGACGAUGACUGCACCCCGCAUAGUUUCUUUUUCAUAAUAACAUGUUUUGGCUAAAAGUGUAAAAGAGUAAGCAAAAGUUCCAUUGAAAUCUGAUCAUUGGGCAACAAACUCACCACACCUCUGGAUUUAUUUUUCCUCCAUUUGUAGCCGUUAUUGAUGACAAAGCAUAUUGCAUAACAGGUUGUGCCGGUGCUCUCCUUUGAUGUCCUCAGAGAUUCAGAUUGGUUGUGAUGGAGAUAAGUGUGAACAAGGGGAACAGCCUUAGUAAUGAGGCUUAGUAAUGAAAGAGGAAGGAGGAGUUAGAGAAGCCUUUUAGCUUGACUUGUAGCUGCUUUUGAAGGGUCAGAGGGGCUUCAGAUAUAUUUUCAUACUUCAGCAGAUUCCCCUAGAUGUAACUCUUUGAAGAUGAGCCAGUUUGGUCGGAUUGAAAAGCAUGUGAUAUUCUACAUUUCCAAGUCCGUAAAAUGCAUUACAGGGAUAUGCAGCAACUGUAUUUGAUCUGACAUCAGAAAAGCCAUAGGAGCACUCUAUGGAUCCAGA